UUGAGUCACCAGAUUAAUUUUGGAUCAAGUCUGUGCCCUUUGCUUCCAAGGUAUUUUUGUCCGACGCCUUUUUCAGCAAAUUGAAUACUGAACUGAAGUUUUAUUUAAUUUUUCUCGCAGUGAAAAUUAACAUCACCUUCCAUCCUACACCUUUUCCUUCCUGCCCCCUCUCCUGAUUUCCCUUCCUUUCCCACUCCCCUCUUCUUCUAAAGCCAGACUCAAUGGCCCUUGACAUAAAAACCUUCGAAACCAUAAUCCCCUCUCGUUUCCUCUCUUUCACAAUCCCCAACCCCGUACUCCCAACUCACCUCCUCCGAGUUGCGGUCCUCGACUCCCCAAUCCAACUCACCGAGUCUCCUCAAGUCGCAGCUCUCUUUGUCCCUCAAACCCGUGAACCAGACUGGAUUUUCUCAACCGAGUCAGGUCACCUCCAGCUCCUCUUAUCCUCUCCUGGAAUCUCACGGCUCAUAUUGAUCGGCAACAAUCGAAUCAAUGGCCCUGAUUCAUCUCCAUUGACUUACCACAAAAGGGAGGAUGCCCAGUAUGUAAAAAGUCUUGAAAAUAGUUUAAAGCCUUUGUUUUUUGCUUUAUCUCCUAAAGUUAGUGUUAAAGAUGGGAUUUUUGAUGUGCCUAUUUUGGAUUAUGAAGAUAAUUUGAUUUGUAGUGUGGUUUUAGAGAGACGUGCUGGUAUUUUUGUUAGUGAAAUGCUUGUUGAGGAUAUUGAGAUUGAGAGUGAUAGUGAAUUGAGAGAGUUUAGGAGGAGAUUGAGGUUCAAAAGAAUGCCCAAUUUGGUUCAAACAGAGAUUCGAAUCGUGCCUCAGAAGGUUUUUGAGUUAGAUCGUGUUAAGAUUGGUGGAGAAGUGAAGUUUAGGCCUGACACUAAGGUUCUGGUGCAUUCAUAUUUGAUACCGAUGGUAGCUAGUCUUUCUUUGAUUGGUUCUUGUAUCGAGGAUCGGUUUCGAAAAGGGUUAAAGCCUAAAGCUUUGUGUUUAGGUGUAGGUGGUGGAGCUUUACUUAGUUUUCUGAGAACUCAAUUGGGGUUUGAAGUUUUUGGUGUGGAAAUGGAUGAGGAGGUUUUGAGGGUUGCGAGGCAGUAUUUUGGGCUGGAAGAAAUUCAGGUUUGUGUUGGGGAUGCUAUAGAAUAUGUAGAGAAGCUUGCGAGUAAAGAUAGGGUGCUGAAUUUGGUUUCAGGUGAAGAUAACGGUGAUUGUUAUUUAAAUCAUGCUAAUGUUUUUUAUGCUAAUUUUGAUGUCAUUAUGGUUGAUUUAGAUUCUUGUGAUGCUACAAAUGGUGUCAUUGCUCCGCCAUUGGAAUUUGUUAAGAAGCACAUUCUUCUGGCUGCUAGGUCUAUUCUUAGUGAUUUUGGGAUUUUUGUCAUGAAUGUGAUUCCUCCUACUAGAUUGUUCUAUGAUACAUUGAUACAUGAGUUUCGGGAGAUUUUUCAUGAUCUGUAUGAAAUUGAUGUUGGAAAUGGAGAGAAUUUCGUUCUUAUUGCUAAAGUCUCGCCUGUUUCAUCACCACUUAGUGAAUGUGAGAAUAGUUUUCUUCAGAAACUGAGGAUAUUGAUCUUCGGAAGAUACUUGGAUUCCAUAAGGAAAAUUUAGGGCCUGAUGGAUUAUAGAGGACCAAAAAUGUGGUUUUUCUGAUGAUAUUGUUUUAACUUGAAUUCGGAUCAUACCAGGAAAGUCUCAGAAUUUCUCUAAAGAGCCUCAUCUUGUGGCAAGCUUCAGAAGUUGUUUUUGCGGUCCAAUAUUUCUCUAAUUGGAUCUUCUUUCAGACUUGACAAUUGCAGCUUUUGUUAAGUGCAUGGAUAACUCACCUGUAGAGGACAUGUUCCUUGGAUUUACAGGAGACUAUAUAACUUUGAGCACUAAGGCAUUUAUUUGCUAUGUUUUCUUGUUGGCACUAUUGUUUUCCCAUUGUGCUAUGGUGGCAGCAUAAAGGAGAGAGGUUAAUUCCACGUAGUAAAUGAAGAAAUGUCACGAGCUAGCUGAUGCACACUGGUGCUAAAACUUUGUAUCAAAUUUUGACUUGUAUUCCCCAGUGAAACUCCCUGUCAAAAACAGAGAAUGACCUGCCUUAACAGCAGUUUCCAAGACCCUCCGACCAUCAACACCACCAACCUGAACACAGCCACUGCCCCGCCAUCUCCGCCAAACACCUCACACAAUUUUGGUGCUAGAUCAACUUCCAUUUCUUGGGACAGAAAGAUUAGAACUUUUGUCUUGUUUUUGAUGCAAAGAGAGAAUGUAGUGUUUAAAGAAGAUAUCAUUAAACAGAUAAGUUUUAUCCUCAGAUUAUCCGAAUAGAAUCAAACGUGUUUUUUUAGAUAAUUAUGGCAAAAUUCAUGGUAAUUUCUGUUUCA